AAAGGGUUCAAACAACAGUUUUGUUAUGUUAAUAUUAAAUGAAAGUUUAACGUAAUUAUUUGUAUAUAUUUUAUUUUAUAGUUCAGUGAUAAGUGAUAAGUUUCAGUGAUAAGUUUCAAAUAAAGUGAAAAAAUAUAAGAAAAAGGGAGUCAAAUAUUAUUCCGCCAUUAAUCUUCUUCUUGCUAUUUAACCAUUCAGAACGCACUUAAAAACAAACAAGCACGCGGAGAUCUCAGCAUAAACAAUGGAAAUAACACAAAAAGCAAAGAAAUCGAAGACCUCCAAGAAGUCAAAGUCUCCGAAGGAUUCGGCAGUUUCGCUUAAAUUGAAUGCCCUGCAUCGCAAGCAAGGGGAAGUGGCCCGCGUGCUCAGUCUCAAACAGGAAAUAUUGUUAAAAUCGGGAGUGUCCUACCUUGAAUAUCAGGAGAUCCGAGCCGAAAUUGAAAGACUCAAUGGCUUAAUGGAGACAUUCUUACGUCGAAUUGAAAAAUUGAAACAAGACAAAUAAUUUAUAAACUUAUAGUUAUAGUUUUAGAAAACCUAUGAAAUCAGUCUGAAGUGUAAACGUAUAUUUAUUAGGUUAAUUUUUGGUCAUGCCAAUCUUUUAAUAUUCAAUAAUAAUGAUAACAAAUUAAUAUUUAACUCAAAGUCAGGAAUUCAUUGUUAGACAGCUAUAAAGAUAAAAAAUUAGUGUAUUAAUCUCCGGUUUCACUUGUUUCUCCAUACUUAUAUUAAAAAAAAAAGAAUAACAAUUCGAAAUACAAUGAAAAACUUAA